ACGUUUCGUGCUUACCCAAAAGAAUCUGAACCGUAUUCUCUCAAGUGUGCGUUUAUGUCCAAAAUAUCCAGAUGUUAUGUUGUUAUGUCAAAGUUUAAUUAUAUCUCCCCCCCUACAUUCUGGAACAAAUCUCAAGUUCUUGGUACUAACCUUUUCAUCGCCUGAUUCCCAUCCGUAAGACAAAAUGCCAUCCACCUCUUCAAUUAGGUUGAUGAAACCCACGAAGUCAAAUUGUUAAUGGCGGGUUCAUGUAUGCUGACGUUUGUGCGGAAACACAGACUGUUACUAAUGGCGUCGUUCGGUGUGGCUUUUCUACUGAUAAUGUAUGUUGAGGUGGUGGCCUAUGGAAUCACUGUGUCUGUGAGAAAGGACAUACAUGCCCAAGAGUGCAGCCACAAUUCAAAUGGAAAGACCAAUAGGGCGAAGGUUCUGAUUCUUGGGGCGGGAGCAGCAGGAAUGUCGGCAGCCAAAGAAUUAACAAAAAAUGGCCUCACAGAAUUUUUGAUCAUCGAAGGCUCUAACAGGGUUGGUGGCAGGUUAAAAUCAGUCCAAUUUGGUGGGAAAACGGUUGAGGUGGGAGCGAACUGGAUGAUGCUCAGGGAGGAUAGAAAUCCGCUGUGGCAGACUAUACAGAAAUACAAUACCUCAGGCCGAAAGCUUGAUGGAAAUGAUGUAUUGAUAAGAUAUAUGAACGGUGAGGACGUAACGGCCACUGCGGGUACAAAGGCAUGGGAAAAACUGUCAAUAGCAAAGAAAAAACUGUCGGAAAUGACAACUCGGGUGAGAAAUGGCGUUCAAAGUGACAUGUCAAUCAGGGCUUGUUUGGAUCUGGGGAAGUGGGAACCUGUGACAGCUGUGGACAAAGUCGUCGAGAUUUUCGAAUACGAUUUUCAGUAUGGUAAUACGCCUGAUGUGUCGUCCUGUCUGAGUGAUGGAAUCUUGCAACAAUACAUCGAUGAUAUGUUUUACGUUGCAGACAAGAAUGGGUUUGAGUCAGUCAUCAGGAACAUUGCAUGCGAGGUUCUGGAAGAAAACGACGAACGUUUGAUACUGAAUGAAGUCGUACGCAGUAUUAACUACACAGACUGUGGCGUGAUUGUUGAGACAGCUAGUGGAAACAUAUACACAGCAGAGCUUGCAUUACUAACGUUUAGCUUAGGUGUUCUCAAAAGCGGAUCUGUAAUAUUUAAUCCAGUUCUACCUGAUUGGAAGGUCGACAAUUUGGCAAGUGUGCGAUUUGAAAAUUACAUGAGUAUAUACCUUAAGUUCCCAGACACUCCAGGUCAGUUCUGGGAUAACACCUUAUACAUUCUUCACGCUCACGAAAGAAGAGGCUUCUACCCUGUGUGGAUUAAUCACAAUUCGCAUGCCAUGUCUAUCAAAGGCACAAAUAUUCUUCAGCUUGUUACAUUUGGAGAAGAAGCUAACAGAUUAAGCAAUAUUGAUGAUGCGGAGAUUAUUAAAGAGGUCAUGGAAGUUUUGAGACAAGUUUACUCAAAAGAAAAUGUUUCUGAACCGGUAGAUGUUUUAAUAACUCGAUGGAAAACAGACCCGCUGUACCAGGGAAGCUUUGCCAACGUGGAGCCUGGUAUUUCAAAAGCGGCUUUCAGUGCCAUUCGGGCACCUGUUGGUCGGUUAUUCUUUGCAGGGGAUGCAUACUCUGAGUUUGACGGAUACGUUGUGGGUUCAGCCAUAAGUGGGGUGGAAAAUGCCAGGUGGAUUUUGAGAACACUCAGUGAUGGUACAGAUGCGGGUUCCGUUGAUGGCAUAAAGUCCGCGACACACACAUCUUUGUAAGGAAACACGUUCGUGUUACAAGUUCGUAAGUAGGCGUUUUGCAUAAAGUAAAAUUUAUGAAAGACGUCAAGAGAAUACUAGCCUUUUCAUUGUAAACACAUCCUGGAAAUGCUAAUGUUAUUUUAUAAGGCGCUUUAUAACGUAUGCAUCUAGAAAUAUACUACAGCACAAAUAGAUAGCACAAAUAGGACAUAUUUGAAGAAUGAAUCUCAUCCAGGAAUAAAUACAUGGAGUUCAUGAAAUCUGGCAGGUACACGAGAUGUAUACAAUAUUUUUUAUUCGUUUAUACGAAGUAUAAUUAUGGCUCAUUUUGUUUCAUAGUAAUGCAAUAUGUUAUCUAAAUAAAUAAUCUACUUCCU